AUGGCGCAUUUAUACUCAGGGCGGCAAAUUCGUGCCUCAAGGCCGGCGAAACAGGAAGCCGAAUUCCAGUCUUAUCCGAGAAGUUUCCCGCAAUUUGAUCUAAACAGCCGAGCGGUAAAAUUACCGCCAAUUAUAAAAAAUGAACUUCUCGUUGGUCGAAGCAUAGGAAAUUCGUCAACGAUUUCUACGACAUCAAACACAAACGGGCAUACAUCUUUCCCAAAAAUUCUCAAGGCUCAGAAUUCGAAAACCACGAAUGGAACAGUACCACGACCACAGAAAACGAAGAGUCCUCGCGUUACAGUAAAACACGUAGAGAAAGCACCGACCAAUUAUCCGAAUUCUUACAAAGUUCUUCCUCCUAUUGGACAGACAAAUGUGUGGCAUACUUCUCGGAGUAUCUUACACGCUCCAAAAUCCGACCAAGACAAAAUUAACGGUCCGAGGAGAAGUUCAUUACAGAGAAAACGCUCAGACAGCGGACUGUCUCCUUCACCGAAAACUAGACUCGCCGAAAACCAACGGAUUGCAGCGAGAAAUAACGCUACAAGACAAGAGCAUGGUAACGACACACAAGGAACGUUCGAGAGUCGAAUCGAACGGCCUACUAUGGAAACGUUUGGUGCAGUUCCUGAAAAACAGGGGGAUCAUUAUAAUCACGAGGAGACAUUGCCGAGCGUUUCUAACGAAGAUGUUGAAGUUACAUCGUGUGAGGUUGUGCAUGAAUUGGAAAGACUAGAGCUGAGUAAAGAGGCUGUUGAAUUCCUGGCAAGUAAGCAAAGCGCUCGGCGAGUUGCACUGUGUGUCGAGAUUGAUCCAUCGUUGAAAAAAGCUGUCGAUAUAAUUCGAGAUAAUUUACUUCGCCAAACAAUGGAGGAACUCUGCAUGUUAUGGUGA